AAGUGGCAGACAGGGGCAGAAAGCAGCAAGCGAGCAAAGACACAGGCAAGUUACACGUAACAUUAGCUUCUCCCGACUUGUCGGAGAGUUGAGAAAUGAUAACUGUUAGACUCGAGAACUUUAUCCCUGUUUAGUCGGAUGAAUGCAUCUUCCCCUUGACACGGGACAGAAAUCUGCUAAGAACGUUGGCGGUUCGCUAGAUUAAGUUAAAACGGGUAUGAAUGGCGGGGUUUUAUUUAAUGUCUCGUAACGCCAGUGCUCUGCGAGAAAGUAAGGUUUUUGCCCGAGACUUUUAAGCUGAUUUGUAAGUUCGAGAGCAAGAAGAGGUUUUUGUUUACGUUAGGUAACGGUACUUUUCUUUUGUCUUUAUUUUAACCCCUCUGGAUCCUGUUGUCAUGACGCCUGACCUCCUCAACUUCAAAAAGGGAUGGAUGUCGAAACUGGACGAUAGUGGAGAGUGGAAGAAGCAUUGGUUUGUUCUGACUGAUGCUGGACUGAAGUACUACAGAGACUCGAGCGCAGAGGAGAGAGAUGAUAUGGACGGGGAGAUUGACCUAAAAUCCUGUGUGAAGGUGUCUGAGUUUGAUGUGGAGAAGAACUAUGGCUUUCAGAUACAGACACGGGAGGCCGUGUUCACACUCUCUGCCAUGACAGCUGGGAUCAGGCGGAACUGGAUAGAAGUUUUAAAGAAGUGUAUCCGGCCCAGCAGCUCUCCAGACCUCACACAAUUACCUGACAGCAGCAGUGACAAGGAAAACUCCCACUCAUGUUUUCUGCUGUCUUCCCGUCGCCCAUCAUCACGUCACAGCGAUGUUCAAUCAGAAGUUCCAUCCUCUGCCCCUCCCACCCAGCGUAGGUUUGACUACGUUGAGCUGUCCCCUGUUCCUUCCUCCUCCAGUCCUCUCCCAGCCAGUCAGAGAGAAGCAGGAGAGGGGCCGGGAAGGGAGCACAGCCAGUGGCAGGAGGAGAGGAACACAAGCAGCAAGUGGGAGGCUGUGCUGUCCAGGAAGGGCACUGGCAUAGGAUCAAACCAAAGGCUACGCAUGGAGGAUGAAAUAGAAAAAAAGUGGGCUGAGUUUGAACGCAUGCCGUUAAAGGAGAUGAGCUCUUUAUCACCAAUGGGAUCAAAGUCCUCCAGCCAUUCAGCCCAAGAGGCGCUGCAGAGGGAGGUAGUGGCGUCACUGAGGCAGCAGAUGGAGGAACUACAGCGGGGAAGGGGAGGGGGAGGAGGUGUGCGGGGUGGCUGUGGCCCUGAAGCCCCCUGCGGCCGCAGCCUGGCAGCCAUGGAGCGUGCUCACCGACAGGCGUUGGAGGAGUUGCAGAGGCAGCACGAACGCCAGAUCAAGGACCUAGAGACCAAGAAGGACAGGCUGCUGCUGGAGGAGACCCAGGACACCGCACGAGGUCAGCACACCAGACGGGUGAUGGAGGCUUUGAAGAAGAAACACAAAGAGGAGCUGGAAAGAGAGGUGGAGAAAGUCAAGAGGUUAAGCAGCGGGGUACUAGACUCGCAGACUUUGCGAGCCCAACAACAGGCAGAAACUCAGUCCUUGCAGAGAGAGCUGGCUGGACUGUCUGAGCGCUAUUCUCAGAAGUGUCUGGAGCUAAACCGAGCUGAGCAGAGCAACGCUGAGAGAGAGAGAGAGAUCAGCCGCAAGGAAAGGGAUAUGGAGCAGCUGAGGAAAGAGAAUCAGGACUUAAAGGCCCGUUUGAUGGAGGAGAUCAGCCGUAUACAAUCUACCAUCACAGAUCAGGGCUCAGACAACAAAGAAAGGAUGCCCUGUGAACUAGAGGUUCUUCUCAGGGUGAAAGAAAACGAGAUAGAGUACUUAUGCAAGGAGAUCAGCUGUCUAAGGAAUGAACUGCAGUUUCUGAACAUGGAGAAACGGUUGGCCUGUGAACGAUAUACGGAGGUGCACGAGGAGCUGAGUGGGAUGAAGGGCCGGAGCGAGCGAGAGAUCCAGAGUCUAAAGGAGCACUUGAGACUGGCCAUGGCUGCUCUGCAGGAGGGGCAAAAGCUGGGCAACAGCCUGGACCACUGAGAACCUGCUGCUGGUGCCAUUACGCUGACAGACACAGUGACAGGUGUGUCUGCACCAUGGGGACUGAAUCAAAGACGGAUACAGAAGAGGAGUAGAGGAGAUGAUUGGUGGACUUGUACAGUUCUGGCUGUGUAGGGACCAUGAUAGUGCCUUAGUUUUCAAUAAUUCUGCCAAUGAGCAGCAUAGAAUAGCUACUAGCUGGUUUCAUUACACUGGGCCACACAUGAUAUAUAAAACUGCACUUUUCAUUUUUUUUAAUUUUAGCUUUUGCUUUUGUGAGUGCAAGCGUGUAUGAGUGCGCUUUUGGUCUUAAAACUGGAAUAUUUGUUGAGUGACAUGAUUUCUUUUUCAUCAGGUAUUGUAGAUUUCCAUGCAGAUGUAGAUGUUCAUGCUGUAUCAGCUUUUUGGUUGUUUGAUAAACUUCUCAUUGCCUCUGUGUCUUCUGCCUGAGACAGCAGGAGUAAAAAGUUACAGAAGUGCUAAUGUCAUCUCAGUUUUCUGUUGUACAGCUUUUGAGUCAUGUUUGCUCUGAAAAUGGCACACGUUUCUUCAGAAAUGGGAGCUCAUCAUUUGGUGUAAUUAUUUUCCACCUAGUAAUAUUUUUGCUUUUAUUGUGCUUGUGAAUAUGAAAUUCUGUUUAUUAAAAAAAAAAAAAAAAAAAAAAAAAAAAAAUGGGAUUAAUACAGGACAAGACAGCGAAAGCUAUUCAUUCCUGGCAGGCUGAAUUGAAGUUGAUCUGAUUGUAUAGAAGCAUAUUUAGGGCCGACUUUCUUCGGGGAUGCUUGCAAAAGCUGUUGAAUGAAUGUUGUCCCACGUCACAGAUGUCUGUAUCUUUAAACCAUGGCUGAGAAGCAGGAACUCUCAGGCUUCCAGUCUCCCCUGAUCAUUACUGGCAUUUAUAUGCCACCACCACAAAAAAUGACAGAUUUUGCAUUGAUGAGCCAAUUUUUUGUUGACAGUAUGUAUUGUGAUAAAAUUACUUAUCUACCUGCCUUUUAAAAACUUUUUCAUAUUUAAUGUACCGAAGAGCCUGUAUCAUCUUUGUAAAUUAUACACAUUUUUUUGCAAUUAAUAAAAAGUUCAACAGAAACACA